AUGGCCUUACGCAAGGUCUUCGAAUAUCUCGGCAAGGGUACUCCCAACUUCAUCAGCAAAGCCUACCGCGAGGUGGUUAAGCUCCUUAGCUGCGGCGCUCGCUUCUUUCAGAAGCUCGCCAUCUUUGUGUUCCGGGCUACUACUCCAAAGCCUGCCGAGCAGGCAAACACUCAACUCGAUAUCGACAACCAAACUCUUGGUGACAUCUCUCCGGCCCAGCAAGUGAAUGAGGAGACACCUCUCAACGAAUCUCAGCACGCCAACCUCGACGCUGGCAAUUCGAAUGCCGAUGCCUCGGCAGCUGAUAUGACCGUUUCCGAUGUUGAAGCCUCCCAGGUUCCUCUACCUGAGGAUUCCGAUCUUGAUAUAUCACCUGACAUGGAAGCAGUCGACACCAACUUAGCUAUCAUUGAAACCAGUAAUAUCACCCCCAUCGACAUUAGUACCGAUACAGUCAUUUUCAACAUAGUAACUGUCGACACUAUCAUUGAAGAGGCCAGCAUCAUUAAUUCUAUCUCCAUCGACACUGAUAUGGUUAACACUACCACAAUUGACAGCCUGACUGUCGAUAAACCCUUCCACGGUGACAUUCCUAUCGUCAACAUAAUUGUCGACACAACCAAGGUAGAUGGACGUAUAGUUGACGUCACUAUCGUCGACACACCUAUGGCUGAUACCCACACCGUUGAUAACUUUGUGAUCGAUACUAUCAUCGUUGACAACACUAUUGUUGACGCUCCAUUUCUUGGGGCAGAUUUCGUCGAUCUGGAGAUAGUCGACACACAGUCAGUUGAUCUAGAAGAUAUCGAUACGGACCUGGCUGAGGUUGAUGCCUCGAACACAACCUCGAUCGACACAGAGUCGGUUGACACUGAAGGAGAUUCGAGCCUCGAGUCAGCCAUCAACAGUAAUGGCUCGAUCUCAAAAGGCGACGAGAGCGUGCGCGCUUCGUCUCCUGACACACAACCAGAAGACGAUGUACCCAUGACUAUCGUCUACAGCAAGCUCUCUCCCCUAGCUCGGGACUUUGAGAUGACUACUGCGAAAAAACUUUCCCCCCUCGCUUGGGAGUUCAAAAUGGUCACUACGAAAAAACUUUCUCUCCUCGCUCGGGAGUUCAAAACGGCCCCGCCCAAGAACCUUUCUCCCCUCGCUCGGGAAUUUGAAAUGCCCCAGAACUGGGAACCCAUUACCGCAGUUGAGGAGUGCGGUAUGGUGAAGAAGCUCACCACGAAGGAAAUGGCCGAUUUCAACGACCAGUACACCAUGACACUAGAAUUUCCCCAAAACUCGCCCAAGGCCACGACCUCGUCGCCUCCCAAGGAGGAUCGGACCUUCGCCGCCAUCACAGACGCGGCGAUUAACAACCUCUCAAGAUAUUUUCCCGUCCCCGGCGCCACCGAUCGAGGCUUACAAUACGCUAUCAGCCGAGAGAGAAAGGUUUUCUGGUAUAUGCCAGAGUCCAACCUCGUGAUGCCUCUCAGUGAGGAGGAUAUAGUGGCUUUCAAUGCGAAAUACACCAUCGAGAUUGAGCAUGUCGACCCUGGCCAGGAAGAAGGCCUCACCGUUGAAGAGGAGACUAAGGAGCAAGAGUCUAAAGACGACAAGAAGGAUAUCACCAUCACACACACAUAUCCUGUCCCCAAUACCGACGCAAAGGAGCUGCUGUAUGCUUUUGGAUCUGAUGAGCUCAUAUACUGGUACUGGCCAGAGACCAGUGACAUUCUCGAGCUCACAAUGGAUGAGCAAGGAAUAUUCUUCGCCGUGCACCCCAAUGCCGGCAAACGGGCGCCCUUUAUGCCCACCAUCAUGGAGGAGGAGGAAGAGGAGUAA